AUGUCGAUGGAGAUCGACUCAUCUGUGCCACUGGCACCUCGAGCAGCAACACAGGCAACAGUCCUCUGCUACAACUGUGGUGCCCCGAUCGAUGGCACACAAGCAGGAGGAGCGCUAUGCUCAGACUGCCUAAGGCUCACCACCGACAUCACAUCCACCAUCGAGCGCGACAGCGUACUCCACAUGUGCAGAGACUGCGACCGAUGGCAUUCACCGCCUACAUCCUGGGUCGUAGCUCCACCAGAAUCAAGAGAACUGCUGGCACUAUGCCUACGAAAACUAAGAGGAUUGAACAAGACACGCAUUAUAGACGCAUCUUUCAUCUGGACCGAGCCGCAUUCGAGACGUAUCAAGGUCAAGAUCACAGUACAGCAAGAGGCGGGAGAAGGAACGAUAUUACAGCAGACUUUUGACGUUGAGUUCGUGCAGCAAUACAAGCAGUGUCCUGAUUGCGCCAAGUCAUAUACCCACAACACAUGGCGAGCGAACGUGCAAGUCAGGCAGAAGGUCCCGCACAAGAGAACGUUCCUGUACCUGGAGCAGCUUAUCCUGAAGCAAGGAGCGCACAAAGAGACGAUCAACAUCAAGGAAGUGCAGAACGGCAUUGAUUUCUACUUCGGACAGCGGAAUCAUGCAGAGGCGUUCGUGGACUUCCUUAGCUCGGUCGCGCCAGUGAAGACCAAGAAAAGUCAAGAGCUGAUCUCGAUGGAUGUACACACAUCGUCCAAGUCGUACAAGUUCUCAUACUCGUGCGAAUUGGUGCCGAUAUGCAAGGACGACUUGGUGGCUCUACCUCUGAAGAUCGCGAAGCAGAUUGGAAACAUUGCACCGCUGGUGCUCUGCUACAGAAUCGGCACAGCGGUGAACUUCCUCGAUCCAAACACCCUACAGAUUGCAGACUUGAGUACGCCGAUCUACUGGCGAGCACCCUUCACACCUUUGGCAGACGUGCAAGAGCUGCGAGAGUUCGUGAUUAUGGACAUUGAACCCCUCGGUCCCCAAGUUGGUCGCUUUGCCCUUGCCGAAGCAACAGUCGCCCGCACAUCUGAUCUCGGCGUCAACGACACGACCUACAACAUACGUACCCAUCUUGGCAACGUCCUCAAGCCUGGUGACAGCGCUAUGGGUUACCACCUGACAGGAACACAGUUCAACAACCCCAACUUCGAGGCGAUAGAAGAGUCGAAACAGUACUCUGGGCAGAUUCCUGACGUGAUAUUAGUCAAGAAGCACUACGAGCGCCGCAAGAAGAAGGGUCCAAGCAACCGCAACUGGAAGCUCAAGCGUAUGGCGAGAGAAGAGAGUGACAUGAAGCCGAGAAAGCAGGACCAGGAUCGUGAUGAGAUUGACUACGAGCAGUUCUUGCAGGACUUGGAGGCAGAUCCAGAGCUCAGGCACGGUCUCAACAUGUAUAAGAACCAGGUGCAGCGAGGUGUUGAGGAAAUGGAGACGGAUGGUGAGGAUGAGGAUGAGGGCUUGGAGAUACCGAUGGAUCAGCUCAUUGACGAGAUGGAGGACAUGGGUAUGGACGAUGUCGAAGAAGAGGAGGAAGAUGAUGACGAGUGA